GACGUAGCUGCACUCAGUGACAGGCCAGAGUGGAGUCUUAUCAACAUGGUACGUCUUUAGUACCAAACGCCACUGAUACCGCCAUGUCCUGUUUGGGCCGCCAUCUGUCUCACAACACCUGAUCCAUCACAGCAGGAGAGCCAAGAGUCCUACAGGCCGGAGGCUGGUCCAUGUGGAGGAUGGGGAAUGUGAUGCGAGGUCUGAGCACCAGAGAGAAGGUCAACACGGGAAACCACGAACCCUCUGUGAAGGGGUCAGAAGAUGACAUGGUGGUGGUACUCCAGGACUAUCCGUCCCCUGAAAUCAGUGAGCCGAUCUACAAGAUGGGGGAGAAGCUCAAAGUUGUGGCUCAGGAGGCGUGCUGGUGGAGAGUUCGCUCUCUGCAAACAGGAAAGGAGAACUACAUACCAAACAACCAUGUGGCUAAAGUUUACCACGGGUGGUUGUUUGAAGGCGUGGAGAGGCAGAAGGCUGAAGAGCUGCUCUGUCUACCCGGGAACAGAGUCGGCUCUUUCCUGGUACGGGAGAGCGCCAGGGAGAGAGGUCUGUAUUCGCUGUCAGUGAAGCACAGGAUCGUAAAGCACUAUCGUAUCUUUAGACUGGAUAACAGCUGGUACUACAUCUCUCCUCGCCUCACUUUCCAGUGCCUUGAAGACAUGGUCAACCACUACUCUGAUUUUGCAGAUGGUCUGUGUUGUGCAUUAACCUCCCCAUGUCUGUCGGCUACCAUCCCUCCAUCAGACGCUCCUCAAGCAGCUCCACCAGUCCUCAUGAGACGAAACUUUGACUGGAAGAAAAUAGACAGGAAUCAGCUGGUCAGCACAGACAGCUGCAGCGACAACAUGGUGAGCUACGGAGUCAGGAACAGCAUUGCUGCUUACCUGUCUUUCUCUGGAAGUCAGAACCCCACACAGACGAAAUCAGACAACAGGAAGAAAAAAAGCAAAUCUGUUUACGCAAUCCCUGACAACAGCCCUAUGGACAUUGACUGUGAUGAUUUCUAGGGGUCACACGGGGGUUUAAAGGACUGGAAUAUCUUCAAGUGGAGUGUCCUUCACUGGAAUCAAGCAUGUUUCUAAUGUCAGCAGUGGGCUGCAGAAACAGACAUUUGGUUUCCAGCAUUCCAAACACCUGAGAGUGUUACAGCCAACAUGAGCACUUAGAUUUCCUUUAACAGUAAUGCAGAGUGCAUCAUCACUUAUGCAAUGACUCUGCAAACAGGAAGGUGCUCUAUGCAGCUGAACUGUAUGACGGUGCAAUUGACCUGUGUUUUCUUUAAGUAAGCCAGAACAUGUUAUAGCAGGGCAUUAUGGUUGUGAAAUGGGACCCUACUGCUAUGGGGAUUGUGGGUAAUAUUAUUAAGCUUUAGGAGCUUUCAAACUAGAUUCCAUUGUUCUUAAUAAAUACUAUACAGUAAAUUGUGAUAAUUUGACAUCUGCAUGACUAUGCAUUGACUAAUGUUACCGAGGGCAACUUUGCUUUUUCUUUAGCCUAAGCUAAGUAUGCUACAUUAGCAAAUUUACUAACCCAGCGGAGAUGGAGCAAAUUAGCAUCAAGUUAAACUACGGCUUGCAUCCUAACACAAAAUCAAACAAUUCACUCUUCAAGCUCUUUCUAGCUUAGCAGGAAUUCAGGACUUAAAUUCAAAGCUACUAAAUGCUACAUUAUUUUACUAGCUUGUUGUGCAGUCAGCCACAAAGCUUUAGUAAGGAACGGCAGGUUUAGCUUAGCUUUCUCGUAAAGAGUGGCUGUUUUUGAACAUGACUAAGAGAGUGAACCAAAAUGAUAAAGUUGUGGACAAGGCACCAAACAAAAUAAUUAAAGAUGAUGUAAAAAGCCAAAGGAAAUGUAAAGUAGAGUGACUGGAUCUGUGGAUUUGAAAAAUGUGUUCUCUGUGUUUGAUAUUAUGGUCUUUUGGGACAUACUAAAAACAAAAAAACUGUGGUUCUCAAAGUCAAAGUCAAAGUGUCUUUAUUCGUCUCCCUUGGGAGAAAUCUGUCUAGGGCAGAGGGGUCUGCUGCAUAGAAAACACAUUCAGCACAUUCGGCACAUUCCACUCAUGCAUCCAGAAUUGGUAAAAGAAACAACCAAUUACAUAAUAAAUAAAAAUACAUAAUCAACAGGAUCAGAUAAAAAGUGCAUACCAGCAUCUCAGUGCAAAUUCAGCAUCACAUGACCUCAGAGUCUUUUCUGUCCAUCCUGAGCAAUCUGCUCAUUUAUGAGCCUCACUGACAGUGGGAUGAACGAGUGUUUGUAUCUGUUAUGUUUACAUAGAGGAACUCUGUACCUCCUUCCUGAGUUAAGUAAAACAUAUUCAGAGUACAGUACAUGAUAGAAUAUUGUCUGCAAGUCUGAGGGUUGUUUGUUCAAACAGGUCUUGGGGAGUUACAGGUGCUGCCAUACCAAUGAUUUUUCCUGCCGUUUUUGUCAGAUUUAGUAUUUGAGUUUUUGAUUUAACAGUUAAGUUAACCAGCUGGUAAUGCCGUAUCAUAACACAGACUAAAUAGUUGCUCUGUAGAAAAUCAACAUAAUAUUCUUACACACACCAAACACUCUUCCAAAUACAGUGGAAAAAGGUUUCCCUGUCUUCCCUGCAUCCAUUACAUAGUUCUGUAACACAAGGAUUAUAGUAAUCUAGUUGUCUCACAGUUAGUGAAAUGGGGAUCACCUGAGUGCAGUGAAUGUGUCUUAAGAGAUGGUAGUAUAAAGACACCUGUGUCUGGAAGGUCCAGUCACUGGU